AGCAAAGUGGAGAAAAACAAACUAUUCCAGUUCUCAUGGCAAGGAAACAAAACUUUGCUUUUUAUUUUCUCCUCUUAGCUAUAUGUGUUGUUGACAGCAAUCCUGCAGGUGCAAAUGAGAGGAUAGUACCAGCUAUUUUCAUUUUUGGGGACUCAGCCAUUGAUAUUGGGACUAACAAUUUCUUAAACUCCUAUGCAAAAGCUAAUUUCCGUUAUAAUGGGAUUGAUUUUCCUUACUCAAAGGCAACUGGAAGGUUCAGCAAUGGCUACAACAUUGGAGAUCAAUUAGCAAUGAGGUUUGGGUUUAAGAAGAGUCCGCCAGCUUUUCUCUACCUUCUCAACAACACGUCAAUUGAUUUUAAGAAGAAGAUUCAGCGAGGUGUGAACUUUGCUUCUGCUGGGGCUGGCAUUCUUGAUGACACCGGAUUCAAAGCAUGGAAUGCAGUAAUACCUCUGUCGCAGCAAAUUCAACAAUUUAAAACAGUCAUAGGAAACAUCACAGAGGUGAGAGGUCCAAAGGCAACAGCUAAGCUUCUUGCUAAAUCCUUCUACAUCUUCUGCGUCGGAGCUAAUGAAUUCUUCGAUUAUAUGCGUAACAAAAGUACUGCACCCAGGGAACCCUUCGUCGCUUCCAUCCUCUCUACAUACUAUAACCAUUUAAAGAAUGUUUACGGCAUGGGUGCAAGAAAAUUUGGUAUCAUGGGAGUUGCGCCGAUUGGUUGCUGUCCAUAUGCACGAGCUAUUAACAAAAAAGAAGGGGGUGGCGACGCAUGUAUGCCGCUGUUGAAUGAUUUUGCACAAGCUUUCUAUAACUCAACUUUCGUUCUAUUACAAGAGUUGAGUUCAGAACUGCCAGAACUCAAGUAUUCAUUUGCAAAUGUAUAUAACAUGACCGUAGAUAUGCUCGACAACUAUCCUUCAUUUGGGUUGAAGGAUGUGAAGAAUGCAUGCUGUGGAUUGGGAGAUUAUAAUGGAGUGUUUGCAUGCUAUGAACCCAUUUACCCGAAUCUGUGCCAGAAUCGGAGUGAGUAUUUGUUCUGGGAUUUGUAUCAUCCGUCUCAAGCUGCUUCUGAAUUGUUAGCCGAAACACUAUUUCACGGUGAUUCCAAGUACAUGACACCAAUGAAUUUUAGUGUAUUGGCUGAGGUUCAAGUCCACAUCUAGCUCUACCCUCUUUGUGGCUUUAUAUGUGAAAAAUAAUUCUACACUCUAUUGAUUGGCAAGUCAAGUUUAUAUAUAAACUACCAUGCUGUUUUUUUUUUUUUUUUAUGAAAUAAUU